UGUUUGAUAUUUUCCUCCUGCUUCAGAGUUCAAACCCUAGCUGUUACUUUAGUUUGACAUAUAUCCAGCAGGAAACUUCAACCACAAACUUGCAAACACAAAGCUAAAUGUCGGCAACGUGGUUACUUCCAUAGCCUCUCGCACUUCUGACUUCCUCCCUCUAUAAAAAACCUAAUAACUCCAAUUCUGCCGGCCAUUCCGAAUCUUGUACCUCAGAAAUAUAGCGCAAUGGGCACCCCAAAGUUGAUGCUUUUUUUCAUCCUUGUAAUCUUACACACAAUGCUUUCUUCGAGCUCGGGUUCGAAUUCGGAUCGUUUUUAUCCAUCUGCAAAAGGUAUCAGAGCAGCCUAUUUCCCAUCAUUUAACUCCUUCUCACCAUCCUCUAUAGACACCCAAUACUUCACCCACAUCUACUAUGCUUUCCUCGUACCCGAACCCAUCACUUACAAACUCAACGUCACGGAAUUCGACCAAGCAAGAAUACCCGAAUUCAUCCAAGCGCUGCGGACCAAAAAGCCGGCCGUCACAACCCUCCUGUCUAUAGGAGGCGGCGGUAGCAAUUCAACCACGUUUGCACUCAUGGCUUCCACCCAGGCAAACCGAGAAGUUUUCAUCCGCUCCACAAUUCAGGUGGCCCGGAAAUAUGGGUUCCAAGGCCUUGACUUGGACUGGGAGUUUCCAGAAGAUGCUGUGGAAAUGACAAAUCUUGGCUUGCUGUUCGAGCAAUGGAGAAAGGCUCUGGAUAAUGAGGCUAGAGUUACCGGUAAACCCCGUCUACUUUUGACCGCCGCAGUGUAUUAUGCUUGGAAAUUUACCGUUUAUGGCGGUCCAAGAUCUUAUCCGGCCGGGGCAAUAAGUAAAUAUUUGGAUUGGGCCAGCCCAAUGUGCUUUGACUAUCACGGGUCGAGGGAUAAUUUCACCGGGAUGAAUGCUGCGUUGUAUGAUUCCAAGAGUAAUAUUAGUACCCAUUAUGGAAUCGGGUCGUGGAUCGAAGCCGGUGUCCCGCCCAAAAAGCUCGUCAUGGGUCUGCCUUUGUACGGGAAAACUUGGACGCUCAGGGACCCGAAAGUGAACGGAAUCGGGGCACCGGCUUCGGGUGUUGGGCCGGGGGAUGGGAUUUUGGUUUACAGCCAAGUAGUUGAUUUUAACAGCAGAACUAAUGCGACUGUUGUGUUUGAUGUCGAAUCAGCGUCUUAUUAUUCUGUAUCGGGUAGCACUUGGGUCGGGUAUGAUGGUGUCCGGUCGGCGAACGUGAAGGUUCGGUACGCUAAGUCUUUGGGCUUGGGGGGAUACUUCUUUUGGGCUCUGGGCCAGGACAAUGGAUGGGACAUAUCAAAACAAGCUUCUAAUGCUUGGAAAUACUGAGGAUUGAUUUCAAGGGAAUAUAAUGCGCCAAAUCCCGACGUUUCGUGAACCGUGAAUAUGCUUUUCUAUUAGUAUUUCUCUCAUCAUGUGACGAGAAUAUAUUGUUGAUCAAGUAUCAACUCCAUAAAUAACUAAAUACAUUUAUUUGUAUGCUUGCAUUGUAAUUUAUUUAUUAUAAGGUAGACAUAUUAUCUUUUUAAUAUAAAUAUAUCGUUUGCAAUUUCA